UGCUGCACCAUUUAAGGUGGAACGGACAAUUCAAAUAAGGAGCCAACUUGAGCCUCGCACCGGCUCUUCGGUGAACCUGUAGACGCCUCUCAGGCGAGAAAACUCGGCCAAGCACCCACAGAUGGGUCGUGACUUCCCCCGUUCCCCCUCCGGGCGUUUAUACCUGAGAGCGGGAGCGGGGGCUCUUCCUACCCAACCUAAAGCCACCCAGCCACGCGUGCCUGUCAGCGAAGCCCUGCUGGACCUCUCGUUUUAGUUUUCCUUUCUUUUUUCGUUCCAACGAGCGGAAACGAACAGUUGCUGAGUGAAAAUAUGUCUACUAUGUUUUCAAGGGGAUAUAGAGCUUUAUUUAGUGUUUUCAAAGCUGUUUUUACAGAGCGUUCCCCGGGCUUUUUCUCCGCGAGAGGAGCCUAAUGAGUCCCCGCGUACCUGAAAGCGAAGCUCCGGCGGCUCGUUUUCCUCCUGCUCGCCUGUUUUAGUGGACUGGGGCGACCGAUGGCGGUACGAGAAGAUGUACGAGAUGUUUAUGAGGCGAAACGGAGCAUUUCAGCCCCACCGUGUCGCUUUUUUGAGGUUCUUGUUGUGGGUUCUGUUUGGGUUCUCGUGGCGGUUCUGAAGGAUGAGUGUGUGUCCGGCUCCAGCACGCUGGUGAAGUUUCUUGUGUGUGAUUUGGAGUAAGGAUGGCCCACAGGAUGCCGACGCAGGGCAAAGUGACCAUCACGGUGGAUGAGUACAGCUCCAACCCCACGCAGGCCUUCACCCACUACAACAUCAACCAGAGCCGCUUCCAGCCGCCGCAUGUCCACAUGGUGGACCCUAUCCCGUAUGACACUCCGAAGCCCAGCGGCCACACGCGGUUUGUAUGCGUGUCGGACACUCAUUCUCGGACAGAUGGUGUGCAGAUGCCAUACGGAGACGUGCUGCUCCAUACGGGAGACUUCACGGAGCUUGGCCUGCCCUCAGAGGUCAAAAAGUUCAACGACUGGUUAGGGAGUUUGCCGUACGAGUUUAAGGUGGUCAUCGCGGGAAACCACGAGCUGACCUUCGAUAAGGACUUCAUGUCUGAGCUGGUGAAGCAGGAUUAUUACCGCUUCCCCUCCGUCUCCAAACUCAAACCCGAGGACUUUGACAAUGUUCAGUCUCUCCUCACGAACUGUAUUUACCUGCAGGACUCGGACGUCACCGUCAAGGGCUUUCAGAUAUACGGCACGCCGUGGACCCCUUGGUUUAAUGGGUGGGGUUUUAAUCUGCCCCGCGGUCAGUCUCUGCUGGAUAAGUGGAACUUGAUUCCUGAGGGCAUCGACAUCCUCAUGACCCACGGACCCCCCCUUGGCUUCCGUGACUGGGUUCCUAAAGAGCUGCAGCGUGUGGGCUGUGUGGAGCUGCUGAACACAGUGCAGAGACGAGUACGGCCAAAACUACACGCCUUCGGAGGAAUUCACGAAGGCUACGGCAUUAUGACAGAUGGGUACACGACAUUCAUCAACGCCUCGACCUGCACGGUCAGCUUUCAGCCCACGAACCCCCCCAUCGUCUUCGACCUGCCGAACCCCCCCAGCUCCUGAGAUGUUUAUUUCACAGUGAUAUUAUAAUAAUAGUAAUUAUGUUGAGUGUUUCUUUACAAAUGAAAUUUUUGUAAACUGUUCAGUGGAAGUGGAAAAAAUUCAGUGGGUGAAAAGUGUUGGGUGGGAUGAAGAUCGUUAAACAAAAAAAAAAAAA